UAGAAAAUUCCUCCCGCCUUCCCGCUUCAUCUUCGCCCUCCAUUCAUUUCCCGCCCCUCUUUAUUGUUUCCAGUUUCAAGAAGGAGAGAAAACUCUGGAACGGAAUGACGGCCAGGUCCGAACCGACUACGUGGAGGAUUCUCCGGACGAAGGGCGGCCAGUUCCGGUGGGCAGUCACUAGCGGAGAUCGGGCUUCUGUGUCGGAGAGGCCUCCUAAAACCCUAGUUCUAGAAGAAGAUGACAAACACAGAUCCCGCCUCCCUUCCAUGAUGGAUCUCAUGUUUCAUGUUGAGCAGACUACUUGGUUAUCAAAUAAAAGUUCUUUUCUUGAUCAACAGCUAGCAAUUCCUCCGAAGCCAGGAGGCGUUGGGGGAGAUAAGGGAACCGGUGGUGCGAUGUUCAGUACCGGAUCUGGUAGGACGCUUUCCGUGCAGCAGAGUUCCAUUCAGAAGGCGAGAUCUCUUCUCGAGGAAGGAAAUGUUGCUGAUGAAGCGAGUUGUGGCAGCGAGUGCUUUCCAAUGUUUCGCACAGGGUCGGGAAAAUCCGUUCAAGUGAGAGAAUCUUCGAUUAAGAAAGCAGCAACUCUACUAGAAGUGACUAAUGAUAAGGAAGGGAAUUUGGUGUGUAAAGAUGCACUUCCAGAUCACAGUAUGCAUGAACUUAGGGGUACCAGAUGGUCCAGAUCUGCUUGUCCUCCUUUGAAGUUUCAUACUGCUGGUGGCCAGUCUAUAUCAAUUUCCGCUGACGCAUUGAAGCAUGCAAGAAACCUUCUUAAUGACCUGGAAUCAGAAGCUAUUGAAGAUGAAGCUAAGGAAAAUGCACUGUCAUAUUCCACUUAUGAAACUAAUAAAAUUAACAACGAGUCUUCUUGCAACGUAAAAAGGGUAGGUAAUUUGCAUGAUGGUAUCUUUAUGAAUAAAGCUGUAUUUGAGAUUUCGUCAUCUGUGAAGCAAUUCCGCUCUCCUCUUAUGGCACCUAUCACGUCUAGUUCAUUCCCAAAUCAUGUUGAUUCCAAGCCUGAUCAUCAUUCAAAUAAUAAUGAUUCUUGUUCAAAGCCUCCAAAUAAGGAGCUCUCUACAUCACAUACAAAAGUGCCCUAUUCUAGAAUGAUUCGAGCAAGCAGUUCAGUACAGGGAGAGUUUGUUGAUAUUUCCAACUAUGCCAAUUCAAGUAUGAAAAAUAAAAGCUGGAUCAAUGGUAAAAAGAAACGACUAGGAAUGGAAAGCUCUAGUUCAUUCAAAAAACCUCGAACUUCCAAGUUUAGUACUUCAAAUAACAGCUCGUCAAGUUUGGCAGCAACCGUAGAAGCAGCCUUGCCUUCAUCCUCAGUAAAUUGCUGUUGUAGAACAAGGGUUUCUUCACGUUACCCUUUUCAAGGACAAAGAAAGAAGCUGAAGGAAUUUUUUGGUGCACCACCAGGUCGAACUAUUAUGUUUGAGAAUAUACCAGAUAGAGUAAGAUGCAUGACUCCAGAUAAUGCCGAAAAAUAUAGGUUUCGUGAUACUUGUUCUUCUAUUGAAUUUGCACCAGAAGCUUUUAAGGAAAUGUUGCUUCAGUCUGGUGCUUUGUUGGCAGAUAUUAGUGAGAAAUGGGUGGUAAACCACUACAAAUGGAUUGUUUGGAAGCUUGCAUGCCUAGAAAGAUGCUAUCCAUGUGAAGCCAUUGGCAAGUUUUUGACAGUUUCUAACGUGCUCGAGGAAUUGAAAUACAGAUAUGAAAGAGAAGUUAAUUAUGGACAUAGAUCAGCACUGAGAAAAAUCCUUGAUGGUGAUGUGUCACCUUCAUCUAUGAUGAUUCUCUGUGUUUCGGCAAUCCGUUCCCAUUCAGGUCUAAGGACCGAUGAAGUGCUAGGCAUAUCCGAUUUACAUGAAUAUGGAAACAAGGUUAAUGGUGUUGGCUGUAAGGAUGCCGUGAAGAUAGAACUAACUGACGGGUGGUACUCACUGGAUACCACAUUAGAUGGAUAUCUAUCGAAACUACUGCUGGCUGGAAAAUUGUUUGUAGGGCAGAAAAUUAGAGUUUGCGGAGCUACUUUAUGUGGUUGGGUUGAGCCUAUUUCACCCCUUGAGGCAUCUAACUCGGUCAGUUUAGUUCUGCAUAUCAAUGGGGCAUACCGAGCACACUGGGCUGACUCAUUAGGAUUCUGUAAAGGCAUUGGAGCUCCAUUGGCUUUUAGGUGCAUUAAAGGUGGUGGAGGUAAAGUUCCUAGGACAUUGGUUGGCAUUAUGCGACUUUAUCCCAUAUUGUACAAGGAGAGGUUACCGGAUGGUGGCUCUAUUGUGAGAUCAGAAAAUUUGGAAAAGAAAAUACUUCAACUUAACAGUCGAAGGCGAAGUGAUAUUGCUGAAGAUAUUAUAUCCGAGUUCGAAGAUGCUCCAGUAAAUUUUAAUGAUAAUGAAGAAGGAGCAAAGCUUUUUAGAAUCCUUGAGAGUUCUGCCGAGACUGAAGUUUUAAUGGCUGGAAUGAGUUUGGAGCAACUGACUUCCUUCUCAAGUUAUCAGGAAAAACAAGAGGCAUUGAGACAAGCCGAUUUGCAUAAGAAGAUUGAGAAAGCUUUAGAAGAAGCAGGUCUUGGUUCAAGAGAUGUCACCCCUUUUAUGAGGGUGAGAGUCAUUGGCCUGACCCGUACAGACUCGUCCAAGAAGAGCAGGCCAAGGGAAGGCAUGAUAACAAUCUGGAAUCCUACUGAAAAGCAGAAGCUUGAGCUGGUGGAAGGCCAAAUAUACUCUGUUUCAUGGCUUGCACCAUUUUGUGGCAGAUCUGAUUUCUUAUACUUACAAAGUAGGGGACCUUCUUCGGAAUGGGUUUGCUUACCUGCUGCAGACUCCGAGAAAUAUGAAUCAUUCUUUAUCCCUCGGAAAUCAGUGUCAUUGUCAAAUUUGGGGGAGGUGCCACUAACAAGUGAAUUUGAUAUAUCAGCAGUUGUUGUGUAUGUGGGGAAGGCCUACUUAUCUGGUUGUCAGAGAAAACAAUGGAUUUUUGUGACAGAUGGAUCUGAAUGCAUCUGCAACUCAUUCACUGAAGAUGAACAUGACAGUCUCCUAGCUAUUAGCUUCUGCUCGCCCAUCUUGGACAAUGAUUCACUUGCACCGAUCAACCAAUGCCUUUCAGGAAACGCUGUUGGCUUCUGUAAUCUAAUCAAGCGGGCAAGAGACCGAAAUAACGAUCUAUGGGUGGCUGAGGCAACAGAGAAUUCUACAUAUUCCAUUAACUGCAAUAUAUCCGGUGGGUCGCAUCUCAAAGGAGCUGCAGAUUCAGCUUUGAAAUGGGCAAAAACAUCGUCUAUGGCACUUAAAAAACUGGAGGAGAAGGUUUUAAGUAUCACUGGUGAUCAUGGAGUCUAAGACCGUACGACUGCUUUGCAUUAGAUAGUCAUUGAUCGGGUAAGAUCUUGAUAUUUAUUUGUUUUCCUCCAAUAAUUGCUUGAAGCUAUAUCUCAAAUUUUUGUCUGAACAAAACAUGUUUUGCAGUAUUUCUUCUUCUUUAUUUGGUCAACUUAAUGUUUUUGCUGGUUCUUGUAACCAGAUAAUCAUCCGUCAGAAUUUUGUUGGGAUUACCAAUGGAAAAAAUCCAGCUGUAAAAUCCAUGAGUAUUUCAUAGUUUUUCUGAAACAAUCAUCAAUUUGACUGCGGAGAUCUAUUAAUCCGAUUGUAUUUACAAAAGUUCAUAUUUAUACAUAUUGAAAUUUUUACAAAA